AUGGGUAAGAUGGAAGAUAUCGAAGCCGUAUACAACAAGCCAUCUUCAUCAGCCUCAUCUUCAUCACCACCAUCGACACACUCGAUACCAUCUGGGCCACCGCCACCCUACUUCAAGUCGCACUUCAUCUCUCCAUCGUCUUUCAAGUCGGCCAUAAACGCGAAGCUCGACAACCCUGCCGUAUCUCUCUUCCGUCUCAGCAUCCGCAUCUUCCAAUUCGCAUUCGCCCUUGCCUCAGGCAUUUCCUAUGCCAUCGAACUCGGCCAUGCAACAAAUUAUUCAAAAACAGACUUUAUAUACGCCCAAUUCGUAUUCGGCCUCACCCUUAUAGUCUUGGUCAUAGACAGCAUAACAGCACGAAACUACCGUCUGACCUGGGUGCCAGAAUGGCUUUUGGCCAUCCUGUGGAUUGCUUCCUUUGGCCUUUUCUACACAAUCUAUAUGCGCGGCAAUAUCCAGCAAGGAUACGAGAAUGUGGAUGUAGGACGCAUGAAGAGAGCUGUGUGGUGCGAUCUUAUUAACGCACUGCUGUGGAUGGGAAGUGCGUUGUUUUCUUCGGUUAUGUGCUGCGCUGGGAUCAAAGCCGCCAUCAAAGCAAAGUUGGAAAGACGGAGACAAAGAAAGGAGGGGAAGAAGGUGGUUAGGGAGAUGGGUCAGAUAGAGCAGGGAGUUAUAGGUAGAGAACGUUAG